UUACAGCAUGCUACGCUACCCCCUGUCCUGCUGGAUCAACUUGCACAUGGUAUACCAACCCAACUAGAUACACCUGUGACACCAAUAACGAUUGUGCGAGUAAUCCGUGUUCUGCAGGAUUCACGUGUACAUCAGAUACCAACAGCUACAUUUGUACCUGUCCUGCUGGCUAUACUGGAGACGACUGUAGCAUCUAUGAUGGUAUGAGCAUCUAUGAUGGUUGUGCGAGUAAUCCGUGUCCCACAGGACAAAUGUGUACACCGUAUACCAACAGCUACGCCUGUACAUGUCCUACUGGCUACACUGGCAGCGACUGUAGCAUUUAUAAUGGUUGUGCGAGUAAUCCGUGUCCCACAGGACAAAUGUGUACACCGUAUACCAACAGCUACACCUGUACAUGUCCUACUGGCUACACUGGCAGCGACUGUAGUAUUUAUGAUGGUUGUGCGAGUAAUCCGUGUCCCACAGGACAAAUGUGUACACCGUAUACCAACAGCUACGCCUGUACAUGUCCUACUGGCUACAUUGGGAGCGACUGUAGCAUUUAUAAUGGUUGUGCCAGUAAUCCGUGUCACACAGGGCGAUGUACAUCGUUUACCAACAGCUACACAUGUACCUGUCCUACUGGCUACACUGGCAGCGAUUGUAGCAUUUAUAAUGGUUGUGCGAGUAAUCCGUGUCCCACAGGACAAAUGUGUACACUGCAUACCAACAACUAUGCCUGUACAUGUCCUACUGGCUACACUGGGAGCGACUGUAGUAUUUAUAAUGGUUGUGCGAGUAAUCCGUGUCCCACAGGACAAAUGUGUACAUCGUAUACCAACAGCUACGCCUGUACAUGUCCUACUGGCUACACUGGGAGCGACUGUAGUAUUUAUAAUGAUCCAUGUAACAAUUUGACGUGUCACAACAGUGGAAUUUGCCAAAAUAAAAAUGGUGUGCCAGUUUGUAAGUGUGAGGGUGUUUUUACUGGGGAAUUAUGUCAGGAUGUUCACGCAUGUGACAAUAACAUUAAUUGUGACAAAGGCGGAGUUUGUCUCAUUAACGGAAAGGAACAAAUCUGCUACUACGACAACCACAACAGUGUUAAAGUGUCUACAUUUGUAGUUGUUCUCGUUGUUGUGCUAGUGUUAAGCGCUGUCAUCAUUAUUGUAUACACAAGAUAUUAUCAACGUACGAAUACCAAAGGGAAUGAUUCAUUAAAUAUGAAAGUUAAGAAAGACGGUCGAGAAUAUGAUGAAGUUAUUGUAAAUACAAUUAGAACAGGAACUACAGCAGAUUUACAAAAUCAGACUCGAGCAAAAACUACCCAAUCACUGCGUCUGAAAAAUUCAGAAACAAAGGAUAAAAGCGAGAGAGAUUCGUCUUACGAAGUACCUCAUACAUACAUGUCAAUAGAUUCUGCAUACACCGACCUAAAAAAGUAAUUAAGUUUUUGUAUACAAUUGUAUGGUACGGUUAUAACUGAUUUUUGUGUAUAGGCCUAUGAGGUUAGGACGGUUGGUUUUUGUCAAUAAGUGAUACGUGAAUCACACACAGAACGUAUGUUGCCUUCUCCUCUGAGAAAAAACUGAACAGGUUUAAACC